AUGAACGCCUCCUUCCGCCUCGCCCGUGUGGCUAUCCGCGCCCGCCCUGCCGCCAUGCGCAUCCCCAUCCAGCGCAGGGGCUACGCCGAGGCCGUCCCCGAGAAGUCCAUCUACAAGUCCCAGGAUGUCGUCCAGGUCAACAUCCCCGCUGAGAGUGGCGAGAUGGGUGUCCUUGCCAACCACGUCCCUUCCAUUGAGCAGCUCAAGCCCGGUCUGGUCGAGGUCGUCGAGGAGAGCGGCGGUGCCAAGCAGUUCUUCCUCUCUGGUGGAUUCGCCACCGUCCAGCCCGACUCCUCCAUGAGCAUCAACGCCCCCGAGGGCUUCCCCCUCGAAGACUUCUCUGCCGACGCCAUCCGUAACCAGAUCACCGAGGCCCAGAAGGUUGCCAACGGUAGCGGCAGCGAGCAGGAGAUUGCCGAGGCCAAGAUUGAGCUGGAGGUUCUCGAGACUCUAGCCGCUCACGUCAAAUAA